CCCAGUCCCCGGCGCGCGCAGUCUCGUCUCCAUGGCGACGCGGCGUCUAAGGCUCCUCGCUCCCAACACCGAGCAGACCAGGAGCUGGGCUAGCUUUCUGUGUCAACCCUUCAAAGCUGGUCGGCGUGAGAGGGCCACAGGCGGGUAAGAAGCGCCGCAUCGACCACGGUCGCCCUCUCCCCAUCCCAGCGAGCAGCCUGACCCAGUCCUCACCUCGGACUCCCCCAAGCCCGGCGCCUGAGCCCGCAAACUUCUCUGCCUACUCCAGGUUCAGGCUCUGGCGCUCCAACGCAGCCGAGGCGGCGCGCGAGGAGGAAUCAUCUAGACAAGACAGAAGCUGUAAAGGCACCAAAAUAAGGACAGAAUGGCCGAUUGCUAGUGUUUGAUCCAAAGGGUGAAAUGAGCAAAAAUGUAGUCAUUACGGAGCAGGAGAAAAAUAAUGAAUGUUUCCCUGAGGAUACUGAUGAUAAGUUGUCUGAGUCAACAGAUGAUGAUGGUGAGGAUGAUACUAGUGAUGAAGAUAAUGAGGAAGACAGUAACCCUAAUAAGGAUACUCAUGCCCCAUUAGAGUUAAUGACAGAAUUCCUGAGAGCAGAAAUGGGCCAAGACUACCGUUUGGCAAAAAAAUUAUGUCAGAUGAUCCUAAUCUAUGAACCAGAAAAUCCGGAGGCCAAGGAGUUUUUCUCACUUAUUGAAGAAAUGCUGCUGAUGGAGAAAGCUCAAAAUCUGGAGGAAGAUGAUGAAGAGAGUGGAGAAGACAGUAGCGGUGAGGGUGAAGGGGAGAGCAGUGAGGACCCAAGUGAAGAAAGCUCUGAUGAAUGUGAAGAUGGGUGAUGAGAGUUGCUGCUAUCAUUUAAUCUUCAUGUGUGUUCAUUACUGUAUACUAUGGAAAUAUAAAGAAGAGAGCUGCAUUUCAGUCUAACUGUUCUUUAUUUGGUACAGAGUUCUUUUAAUUUAUAUUAGUUUGAGCUUCUUCUUAAUAUUUAGAUUUUAGCUCAAGGUGAGCUACUCAGAGAGGGAAGUAAUCAUUGAAAACACAUAGCACUAACUAUGUGCCAGGUGCUGUUCUAUACACAUUAAUUUGUUGAAUCCAGCAAACCCAUGAGGUUAGCACUGUUAUCCCCAUGCAACAGAUGAGAAAACUGAGGCACAGAGAGGGUGGGUCAUUUGCCCAGCAUCAUAUACCUGUUGAUCGGUAGAGCCUAGAUUUGCAUACAGACAUUAUGGCUCCAGAAUCCAUAUUCCAAGCCCCUCCCAUGUCCACUACUUUAGGCAUUUUAUAUCAUUUGUU